UGUUGCAGUGACGGUGUAUGUAUAUAUAUAUUAGUAAGAGAGCAAGUAGGAGAACAUACGAGCUAAGCGUGGUUGUGGAUCGAAACGCCUUCACCCGACCUUUCAAUCUAUAUCGAUAUGCAGGCGAGUCCAACUUGCGUAGCAAUCUCUCACUGUGGUAGCCUGCGGGCCUUGGCGUAAGCCCUUCGAGAAAAAGUGACGAUGGAAGCGCUCAGACCUUGUGAUGUUCCCUCUCUCACCGUCGUAUAAGUAUAGCAAUUACUCUGGUCAGACCAAACUUCUACUCCACAAAGCCUCCAGAAACCCCAACAAUUACAUACUCAACCUUGUCACUCAACUACCACAUUGCAACAAGAUGAAGUCUUUCACCUCCAUCAUCCUCCUCGUGGCCUUCUCCACCAUUGCAAUGAGCGGUGCCAUUCCCCGUGGCAUUGCUCCCGCUUCUACAUCCACCAUCGAGUCUUCUCUCGCGAAUGCAAGUCCUCUACCCGCGUCGUUCGCGCACCCACUAUCGCUGCUUUACCCUAGGGCUAAUGAAAAUCAGGACGUUCACACUCAGGUCGUCAGUAGCUCAUGCCAAAAGUGCACUAAAUCUUUCAUCGACUGCACCAAGGUGUGUAGCUCCAUGACUGCUAAGCUCAGAGUAGAAGAAAUUACUAAUUCUUGUCGAUACAUACUAGACUUGCCACGGCUCCUCGUGCCAGCGCAUCUGCCUCAGCGUUCAUGCUGAUGGCAAGCCGUGCAAGAAGACUUGUGGAUGGC